AUGAGGACACUACUGGCCAUCUUGACCGUGGGAUCCUUGGCUGCACACGUCUCGGAACAGCGCUCGGAUCUGCUUCAGCACGUGAAAUUCCAGUCCAGCAACUUCGAAAACAUCCUGACGUGGGACAGCGGCCCGGAGAGCACGCCAGACACUGUCUACAGCGUGGAGUAUAAGACGUACGGAGAGAGGGAGUGGCUGGCGAAGGCCGGCUGCCAGCGGAUCACCCGGAGAUCCUGCAACCUGACCGUGGAGACGGGCAACCUCACGGAGCACUACUACGCCAGGGUCACGGCCGUGGGCGCGGGGGGCCGGUCUGACACCAAGAUGACUGGGCGGUUCAGCUCCCUGCAGCACACUGCCAUCAAACCAGCAGAUGUGACCUGUAUCCCCAAGGUCAGGUCCGUUCAGGUGGUCAUCCACCCUGCCGCCACGCCCAUCCGUGCAAGGGAUGGCCACCUGCUAACGCUGGAGGACAUCUUCCACGACCUGUUCUACCGCGUGGAGCUCCGUGUCAACCACACCUACCAAAUGCACCUUGGAGGGAAGCAGAGAGAAUACGAGUUCUUUGGCCUGACGCCUGACACGGAGUUCCUCGGCUCCAUCACGAUCUUUGUGCCCACCUGGUCCAAGGAGAGUAACCCCUAUGUGUGCCGAGUGAAGACGCUGCCAGAUCGGACCUGGGUCUACUCCUCCGUGGGCGCCAUCGUGUUCCUCAUGGGCUUCCUGAUGGCGGUGUUCUGCUGCCUGAGCUACAGAUACGUCACCAAGCCGCCAGCACCUCCCAACUCGCUGAACGUCCAGCGAGUCCUGACCUUCCAGCCGUUACACUCCAUCCAGGAGCGCAUCCUGGUCCCCGUCUUUGACCUUGGCAGCCCCAGCAGCCCCGCCAGCCUGGCCCAGCCUGUCCAGUACUCCCAGAUCAAGGUCCUAGGGCCGCAGGAGCCUCCAGGAGCCGCACAGCUGCCCAGCCCAUCCGGGAUGGUCUACGUGGAGCAGUCGGACAGCUCCGUCCUCAGGCUCUCCGACGCCACGCCUCCCCAGACACGCUCCACCAGCCCACCAUGUGCCCCCAAGGCGACCUCUGAGGUCCCACCGCCAUCCUACACACCCCAAGUAACCCCCAAAGCAAAGCCGCCCACCUAUGCCCCACAGGCCGUCCCUAAGGCUCAGCCCCCCUCCUACGCCCCGCAAGCCGCGGCCGAGAGCUGGCUUCCUUCCUACGGCGUGUGCGUGGCUGACUCUGGCAAAGACCUGCCCCCCGCGGCACUCGCUGGUCCCCAGCACCUCUGGCCCAGGAGUCAGAUCCCGGAAGAGGCGCCAGCAGGAAGCUGCAUCCCAGAGGGCCUUUCUCUGCAGGAAGUGACCUCCUUGAUCUCCUCGGCCGCGGAGGACCCCAGAGAAGAUAGCCCCUUCCACCUGCCCCUGGGAGUUUGCAAGGACAGAGAACGUGACCUGGGCGUGCUGCACGGUGGGGAACCGGGGAUGCCAGGGUUCCUCAGGAACGACCUCCCACUCCUCUCCUCGGUCCAGAUCGAAGGCCACCCCGCACCCCUCCUUUUGAACACCCCUUCCCCUCCCUGUUCCCCCUCAGAACACGGCCGGAGUCUCUGGGGCCUGCUGGACUCCGUGGUGUGUCCCAAGGAUGACAGUGCAGGGUCCGAAGCUGAAGCCAAGGGCUCAGCCCCCGGGGCCCCGGGCCUGGAGCCGCCCACAGAGCUGGACUCACUUUUCAGGGGCCUGGCCCUGACCGUGCAGUGGGAGUCCUGA